UUUGACAACCUGGUCCUACGUGCCCUUCUUCAACUCUAGUUGAUCUCGAGCGUUUUCUAUCCCGCGUCUCCCCAGGAUCUGUGUUGUACAACUAUAUGACAAGCGAGGUCAUCCUCAUCAGGAGAAGCCCUCUUGCCAGCACGAAGAACACUCCUCCGAACAUUGCGGCCAACAGCUUGCCAAAAUUGUAACAUGGGCUAUCACGGCACGCCCACCCAGCAAUACUUCCUCUCUCCCCCCUCCGGUAACACACAAUCUCGAGGGGUUAGUGGCCACGGCCCUGAUACUUCUGUCCAUACCGACAACAACGAUCAGGUCCAAAGAGCCCAGUACAGUAUCGAAGAUCCCUGGCUUCAUGGAAACCAGCACAUUCACAUGAACCAAACCACGCAACACUACUUUGACGGCGACUUCAAUGCUUCCACACCAGCAUCAUCCCUGGCUCACGGCAGCAUGGAACCCUACAUCUCGUUCGAAACAGAUCCGUCACUGGUAAUGACGCCCGGUGACACGCCAUUCAUGUCGUCUUCCGCCAUCGGUCACGAUCUGGCGUGCAACGCUGGCUCUGGUAGCUUGAGCCCGCUGUCUUUGCCUGGCGGCUUUUGCUCUUCAGUCCACUCUGUUGCCUGGGCGUUCCCGCAGAGCUACACGGAAAACGUUGAGUCGUUGGCUGGCAUUCUCAUGCCCUAUGGGCAGAACUGCGACUACUUGAACCCGCUGCCGGUGAUGAGCACAUCUUCAAACUCUGACAUGGGAUCGCCUCGAUUGCUUUCACCUCGACCACAACCAUCGGGCCAACACCUCGCCCAGUAUUCGCAGCCAGAGGAUGCUGCGUCCAGCCCGCGAGCGAAGCGCAAACCGAUGUCAACCUCUACGCAUGAAAGCAUGCCCAAAAAGUCCAGAACCAAACGCGCACGCCACGACGCACGACCAGCAAAUCAGCCAAAAGAGCCCGAGAACCGUAUCACAGAACCGUCAUCCGCGUCUCCUGCACCUCCUCUCGAUCUGAAGUGUCCCCAUUGCGAGGUCGCGUACCGAGACCAGUCCGCCUUUGACAAACACCUGGACACCCACAUACGACCAUUCAUCUGCGUUUUCCACUACGCCGGGUGCACACGGACAUUCGCCAAGAAGAACGAGUGGAAACGCCACGUGCUGAAGCAGCACAUCUGCCUCGAGUACUACCACUGCGACUACAUGCAAUGUGCGGCCGGAACACGAUCGUCGACCAGUAGUCGCCCCAAAGCCCUGCCUGCUCACGGUCGAAUCUUCCGACGUAAGGAUCUACACAUGCAGCACGUCCGUCGGAUGCACUUGUCAGAGGACAUCAACGACCGCCAGGCCCAGGCCGAGAUGGCGAGUCUGCAGCAACAAGCUAUGCGUACACGGUGCCAGCUCCCUCGGCGGAUGGUCUGCCCGGCCGAGAACUGCCAUCACGUCUUUUGCGGCGACAAGGCCUGGGACGAGAGGAUGGAGCAUGCUGCACAACACCUCUGGGCGGCCAAGAAGGGGCUGGAGCCCGAGGUUAAGUUUGGCGGUUCCCACGACACCUGUCUCAGCGAAUGGGCCGAGAGACCGGACGUCGACGUCGUGAGGAGAGUUCCGGGGGGCUGGGCAUUGAACAAUCCCUUGCAGGACUGCGAUGAGGCGGCCCGCUGCAGUCCCAGCUCGAGCAGUUGCGAGGAGGAUGCCGAGGGAGAGCCAGCCUAGUCAUCGACGUGUGAUUGUGAUGGGACAUGCUGUGUGAUCUUUUGGAAGGCGUUGCUGCACGACAGAAAGGGUUGCCUACAUGAACACUGAAAGGACAUUCAACAGGAACCUAGUCUGUGUCUAUCUCUGAAACCUACAUUAGUCCGUUUCGAAAUUCGAACAACGCAGCCAUGCCUUCAGCUGAGAGCAAUCUUCAGCCUCAUAUCUCCGCACUCCGACGUUUCUCGGCCGAUCCAGUGAUAUCCAAGCAAAGGACUGUGCCCUAGAACAGUCCUUGAACAUCGGUGCCGAAUAUUAUCGCGCCUCCCUCGGCGGCAUGAUAAUGCUGCAUCGCCUGCGUUUGGAUGGACCUUCACCUCGACCACCUGCAGCUAAGGACAUUUAUGCAGGUAAUCUGCCUUAGACAUACCC